AUGUUCAAACCCAAACCUCAGAGAAUACUUCAAUUCUAUCCCGUUCCUGACCUAACAAUUUCCCUCCAAGAUCUCGCCAAAGACCCAUGGGUUAAUUGGAACGAUCCAAAGAUCCAGAACCCUCCUCUCAAAGAUGGGGGCAGCGUAAAGUUUCUGAUCAACGGGGCUGGGCACUAUGGCCUGCUCUACGCUUGCCGUUUGGUCGAGGCUGGGUUCAGCGCAAAGGACAUUGUAUGUGUCGACAUAGCGGGUGGAUUUGGCGGCACCUGGUACUGGAAUCGGUAUCCUGGGCUCAUGUGCGAUGUCGAAAGUUACAUCUAUCUUCCGCUUCUAGAGGAGACUGGAUAUAUGCCGAAAUACACAUAUUCUUAUGGUGCCGAGAUUCGCGGUCAAAACGAGCGAGCUGCUCAGCACUUCGGCAUCCAGGGCCAAUUUUGCACAAGAAUCGAGUCGCAGAUUUGGGACGACGACAAAAAGGUUUGGGUCGUACAGUUGACCCGAACCGUGGAUGCAAAUGCGAAGACUGAACAAUUGACUGUUUUUGCGGAUUUUGUCAUUGUCGGCGGUGGCGUCCUGAACAUUCCGAAGGUCUCAAAGCCCCCAGGCUGGGAAGAUUUCAGAGCCAAGAAAACUGUUUUUCACUCAGCUCGCUGGGACUAUACUUAUACGGGUGGCAACCAGGAGCAGCCCGACUUGGUCAACCUCAAAGACAAGACAGUUGCAAUAAUCGGUACAGGCGCAACUUCGGUGCAGAUCAUACCCGAAUUGGCCAAAUGGGCCAAACACUUGUACGUUGUACAGAGGAUACCGGCAUACUCAGGGUGGCGCGGUAACCGCUUGACUGAUGAGGAGCACUUCAAAGACUUGUCGAAGGAGAAAGGAUGGCAAAGAGCCCGGCGACUCAAUUACAAUGCAUGGGUCUCUAACAACCCUGAAGGUUACGGACCAAAUCUUGUGAAUGAUGGAUGGACCCAUACUCCAGCUGGCGAAGGUUUUUUGGGCUCAACCAGAAGAAUAGUUGGGCCAUACGAGACGGAAGAAUACAUACGAGAACUCCAUCGGAUUGACCGGCCACGUACGGAGGCCUUGCGCAAGCGUAUCGACGACGUAGUCAAGGAUAAAGACACUGCGGAGAAGCUGAAGCCAUGGUACGGCAGCUGGUGCAAGCGCCCUACUUUUCAUGACGAUUACCUGGAAACAUUCAACCAACCCAACGUCACCUUGAUCGACACUGACGGAAAGGGUUUGCAGGCAUUCUCCGAGAAUGGCCUUGUGUUCGACGGCCAGGAGUACAAAAUUGACGCUCUAGUCCUCGCAACGGAAUUUGCAGUAACCUUCAAUGGAGAUGGACGCAAUGGGCAAACCAUGUCCCAGAAGGCUGAGACUACACGUAACGCGCCACUGUUUGGCAUUGCCGUUUCGGGAUUUCCUAAUCUUUUCUCCUUCUUUUCCCGCGGUAAUGGGACUUCGUGGAAUUUGACAUCCAUGUACGAUUCGAUGGCGACAUAUGUAGCGGCUGAACUCAAGAAGGCACACAUGCAGGUGGAAGAAGGGAAAAAGGUAAUCAUUGAAGCCACUCCAGAGGCUGAAGACAAGUGGGGUGACGAGAUGGCAAAGAGAGCUGCUUUGUACAGUGCGUUGGGGGCUUGCACGCCCACCUACUUUACUGGGGGCUGGGCCGCAGGCCCAGUCGCUUAUCAGGAGAAGUUAGAAAGCCUUGCAGCCAAGUCAGAGAUUGAGGGCUUUAAGGUUAGCGUUGCCGCUUGA